GCCAAAUUGCAGACCAACUUAAGGUGGCGGGUGGCUGGCCACAGCAGUUUUGAGACGCAAACAUGCCGCCUUCCGAGGGAUAUGAAUGUGACAUGUUCCCAGACUAUGUGGCCAUGUACUAUAAGAGGAUAUUCCCAUACAACCAGUACUUCAGGUGGCUGUCAUAUGGGCAGGACCUGAAGCAGUGUUUCCAGAAACGGGAGUUCUGCUUCACGCUGGCUGACGAUGUGUACGUGCGGUUCCUCUCCUUCAAGGACCAGGAAGACAUGGAGGCUGAAAUCAAGAAGAGAUGUCCACACAAGAUUGACAUUGGUGCCAUCUACAACUUCAGGCCAAAGGAUCACAAGACGGUGACAGUCUUCAGUCCGAGAUCCAAGGAGUUGGUGUUUGAUAUUGACAUGACGGACUAUGAUGAGAUUCGCAUAUGUUGUUCUGGAGCAGAAAUCUGCAACAAGUGUUGGAAGUACAUGACCAUUGCAGUCAAAGUGCUGGACUUGGCCUUGAGACAGGACUAUGGGUUCAAGCACAUCCUGUGGGUGUACUCUGGACGGCGAGGGAUCCACUGCUGGGUGUGUGAUGCCAGUGCCCGGAUGUUGUCCCAGGCGGCACGUUCAGCAGUGGCCGAGUACCUGCAGGUGGUGAAGGGUGGGGACGACACUAACAAGAAAGUCACUCUCCCUUUUAAGCUGCAUCCCUCUAUUAAGCGAGCAGAGACCAUUGCCAAGAAAUACUUCACUGAGGUGGUGCUGGAGGACCAGGACAUGUUGGGCACCCCAGAGAGGUGGAAGAAGUUCCUCAAACAUAUCCCAGACCAGGGGCUUCAGGACACACUGGACAAACUCAUGCCGCAGUGUAGCAACUCCUCCCAGCGGUGGAACAUCAUUCAGAGUGAAGUCACCAAGGCCAUCAACAAGGGUGACAAGAAGAGCCUGAAGAAGAACCUACUGACAGAGAUCAUCCUGCAAUACACUUACCCUCGUCUGGACAUCAAUGUGACUAAAGGCCUCAACCAUCUGCUCAAGUCACCCUUCUCCAUCCACCCCAAGACAGGCCGGGUGUGUGUCUGCUUCAACCCCCAGAAAGCUGAUGAGUUUAAUCCCAUGAAUGUGCCUCUUGUCAGUCAAUUAUUGGAUGAGAUAAAUGCUUAUGAUGGAGAGAAGAGUGAAAACAUGGAGGAGUACAAGAAGACAUCAAUGAAGGAGUGUAUGGUGCUGUUUGACUCCUUCCUUGCCAGCCUGGCCAGGGAAAACAACGUCCAGAAAGCAGAGGAAAAUGAUAAGAGGCUGGAGUUCUGAACCUGAAGAUUGUUUGGCUGAAAAGCAUUGAGUGUUACACAAGGAUGCAAUUUUGAAGGAGAAAAAACAAACAUGUAUAGUCUACUGAGUUAAGAGCUUUUAUUGUGUGUGUGUGUGUGUGUGUGUGUGUGUUAUAAUUUUCCACAUUGUAAGUACAGUAUUUGUAAUGCAAUUUAUGUAUAAAGUGAGUAGGAAAGACUA